CGGGGGUGUGGACGCCCGCCGUCAGCAUACACGCUGUCCUACUCAACCGUUAACCUGUCAUUUCAAGACAUAUCAGGCUUUUUUUUUUUGGAGCGCAAAAUCGAGGUGAAUAUCCAGGACGCUCUUACUCGCCGAAUUGAGGACGAAUUUUAAUUUCUUAAAGAAGCGUGUCCGAGACGGGAAGACAUGGCCACGACUACAUGUACGCGUUUCACGGACGAAUAUCAGCUGUACGAGGAGCUGGGCAAGGGAGCGUUUUCAGUGGUGCGACGAUGUGUGAAGUUGAGCAUGAUCCGCCGGAUCAUCAACACCAAAAAACUCUCCGCGAGAGACCAUCAGAAGCUCGAACGAGAAGCUCGAAUCUGUCGUCUGCUGAAACACCACAAUAUCGUUCGUCUGCAUGACAGUAUAUCAGAGGAGGGCUUCCACUACCUACUGUUUGAUUUGGUGACUGGAGGUGAACUGUUUGAAGACAUUGUAGCCAGAGAGUACUACAGCGAAGCAGAUGCCAGUCACUGCAUCCAGCAGAUCCUGGAGGCGGUGCUUCACUGCCAUCAAAUGGGCGUGGUGCACCGAGACCUGAAGCCAGAGAAUCUGCUCUUGGCCAGUAAGUGCAAGAACGCCGCUGUGAAACUGGCCGACUUUGGACUGGCCAUUGAGGUGCAGGGAGACCAGCAGGCAUGGUUUGGAUUUGCAGGGACACCAGGUUACCUGUCCCCCGAGGUGCUGAGGAAGGAAGCAUAUGGCAAACCCGUGGACAUCUGGGCUUGCGGUGUGAUUCUGUACAUUCUGCUGGUUGGAUAUCCACCUUUCUGGGAUGAGGAUCAGCAUAAACUUUACCAACAGAUCAAAGCAGGAGCUUAUGAUUUUCCAUCUCCAGAAUGGGACACAGUUACUCCUGAAGCCAAAAAUCUCAUCAAUCAAAUGCUAACCAUAAACCCUGCCAAGAGAAUCACUGCACAGGAAGCUCUCAAACACCCAUGGGUCUGCCAACGCUCUACUGUGGCUUCCAUGAUGCACAGACAAGAGACUGUGGAAUGCCUGAAGAAGUUCAACGCCAGGAGGAAACUCAAGGGGGCCAUCCUCACCACCAUGCUUGUGUCACGGAACUUCUCUGUGGGUAGCAGGCAGACCACGGCUCCCGCCUCGGUCACUGUGGCUGCGGCUGCAGUAGCCGCGGCUGCAGGCACCACAGCAGGGCUGGUGGAACAAGCCAAGAGCUUGUUGAACAAAAAAGCAGACGUUAAGCCCCAGACAAACAGCACCAAAAACAGCAUAGUCACCAGUCCCAAGGGAAACCUCCCCUCUCCUGCACUGGAGUCAUCAGACAGCAGUAAUGCCACAGUGGAGGACGAGGAAAUGAAAGCACGCAAACAGGAGAUCAUCAAAAUCACUGAGCAGCUUAUUGAGGCCAUCAACAAUGGCGACUUUGAAGCCUAUGCUAAAAUCUGCGACCAUGGACUCACCUGCUUUGAACCUGAGGCCUUGGGAAACCUGGUGGAGGGGAUGGACUUCCACAGAUUUUACUUUGAGAACUUGCUGUCUAAGAACAGUAAGCCCAUCCACACCACCAUCCUCAACCCUCACGUGCACCUGAUUGGAGAGGAGGCCGCCUGCAUCGCCUACAUCCGCCUCACGCAAUAUGUGGAUGGGCAGGGCCGGCCGCGCAGCAGCCAAUCGGAAGAGACGAGGGUGUGGCAUCGUCGCGACUCCAAAUGGCAGAAUGUCCAUUUCCACUGUUCGGGAGCUCCAGCCGCCCCUCUACAGUGAAGGUUGAGCUCAUUGUAGCCACAUCUAACAAGAGUGCCCAGCCAGAAAUGGAGAGUGCAAGAGUGAAAGAGAGAGAGUGAGGGAGGGGGGAAGUUGGAGAGAGGGAGGAAGGAAAGUGACCCUCCCACACAGGGCCCGGCCCCCUCGCCUGUCAAUCACCUCACCUGCCAAUCACUUUUGUGCAUCGUCUUUUGUCUUACCGUCAACUUUACCCCCUCCCUCCCUCGCUCCCAGACACGUCCCUAUAUCUUUACACCCGUGCAGAGACUCCCUUUGUUGUGCACAUGUGCUGUGUGGAGUUGGACAGUCUUUGAUUAGUACGGAUAAUAAGGCCUCAGCGAGUCGUCUGUGAAAUGCCAUGCUCUCCGUCGCACCUUCCCAGUGUGAAUAAUGUUACACUGAUUCGCCGUCCUCACUUACAGUGUGUUGAUUUUCAAUAUUAUUGUUGUUAUUAUUAAUAUGAUUAAUAUUGUUCUUACUGUUGUUAUUAGUAUUAAAUACAAAGGCAAUUGUAAGUGUCACUUACACAAUUCACGUUCUGGAUGCCAAUGAUUUUUAAUUUAUGCCUUUUCUUUUCCGAACAUUUUUGGCGAGCAUGAGUUAUUCUGUAUAUCCAAAGCGGCCUCAGUGAUAUAGAGAAAUAAUGGCCACCGUUUAUGUACAGGCUUCUCAGUGUGAUUCAUAUCCAACCGACGCAUCUGUCCAUGUGUUUAAACGUUAGUGGACAUAUGUUGGUAUGUGUGACUGUUUUGGGGCAGAUUCUACCAGAGCCUGAGUAAAAACGACGUGAUGUUCGGGGUCUUCCAGCUUUAAUCGUUAUUUCUAGCAUCAUUAGUGCAGAUUUGGGAAAACUCGGCAGAUUUUCUGUCAGUUGGCGAACUUUGUAUUGGAUAAACAACUCCUUGUUCUGGAAAGCCACAAUUGUUCUUUAUAUGUAACCUGUGACACCAGUUGCAACGUUAGUAUUAGACGGGUGUGCCUCACACGUCCUGAAAAGUGAAGCUGCGGGCUCUUUGAUC